AUGACAUCCACAUUACCGCAAAUAUCUAAAGAAAUAGACUCAUUGGCAAAAGUCUCUGGUGAGUCCAUGCUGACGUGUCUCGACGAAACACAGUCGCUUCUGGACGUCCUCAGGGCGGCGCAGGCGGCGCUUAUUGCUGACGACGAUUCGGAACUUAACAAGCUCCCGGUCAGGGUGAAUGCGUGGUCGAACGCUAUGAUAAAGAGCCUCAAGAUGUAUAAUACGGGACUCACGCUGUUCAACGUGAAAGUGGUGGAGAGUGGCCGGACGUUCGAAUUCCGACUUGACGACUUGUACAAGUAUCCGCUUGGGGAGGGCACUAACGUCCAACGGAUGGUCACAAAGAGCAUCAUCAUGCAUUUGGUGAGAAACAACACCGAUGAUGGUGCGUUGUUGCAUUUGGUGCGGCGGUUAGAGCAGCAGUUCAACUUAGAAGUGUCGGCGGAGCUUGUGGAUGGCUUUCGAGUACUAAACGACUUAGUCAGCGCGAUUCUCGUGGACCACACCUUGCGGCCGGUGAUUGAUUGGUGUGAGGCAAACCAUGAGGCGCUCAUCCACGAGCUCAAUUCGGACUUGGAGUUCCAGCUCCACAAGCUCCAGUUUCUUAUUCACUACAAUUCGGGUUCCACAGCCGACGCUAUAGGCCCCGACGGGCUGAGCCGCUUCUUGGCGUACAAGUACGCGCGGGAGAACUUCCAAAAAUUCGGCGUCAGCCAUCUCCAGGUCGUCCUGAAACUCUUGAGCUCUUUGUUGUACGCGGCUGAAACCGAGACCAACCCGUACCGGUCUUUGGUGGAUUUGCAGUCAUCUGAGGACACACAAUUAGUGAUGCGCCAGAAGAUUGUAUCGCUCUUGGUAUCGAACUUCUGUGCGCUUGUGUUGCGACUUUCGCCCCGAUCGCUGUUGGAGGAGGUGUUGCUGGCGUCCUACCGUGCCCUACCGCAGUUCGUAAAGUUCCACAAGCUUCUGAAGGUGUCUGCAAAUCUCGAUUGGACAACCGAGAACGAGUUACCGUUCGAGACACCGUAUGACUACGACGAGUUCCACCAGGUAUUCAUCUGUCCGGUGUCCAAGGAGCAGACCGUACACGGAGUGAAUCCGCCAAUGAGUUUACCGUGCCGGCACAUUCUCAGCAAGGAGAGCAUCUGGAAGUUGAGCCGGAACUUGACGACUAGUUUCAAGUGUCCGUACUGUCCGGAGAUCUGCUCGCCGGAGAAUACGUUUGAGGUGAAAUUUGUUAAUUUGUAAGUCUAGGGCAAUUGCCGAGAUGCGCAGACACUGGGGGCUUUAGACAGUUCACUUGUACGGUUUACCUAUAAAUAGUAUAUUAAGACUGUUGAGUCCAUCAAUGGUGAUAGUAUAACCAAAUGCACAGAAUAAAUAUCUAG